CCUAUAUUUUCCAAAAAUGUUGCAUUAAAUUUCUGCACUUGUCGUUCAAAACCUACUCAAACCUUUGAUGGAUUAACAGUUAAACGUCCAUGCAUCUCCCCUUUAUACUGUCUUUCAUGGUAAUCCAGGUGAGAGUGUUACCCGUGUAGAUAGGAAUGUUGUUGGUUUACAAACUACAGGGUUGGGUCCCACACAAACUGGAGUAACUGUCUCACCCAGGAUUCAGACUCCAUUUCUGUCAUAUGUCUCCACAUCGUCACAGGAGUCAUGGUCCCAGGUGUCUCAGGCCGCACUUUGUGUGUUUUUUGUGUUGUUUUGCUUCGGACAGUAUGGGGUGAUUUGUGUAUCAGCUACAGAGACAUGGAUGGCAACUUCCACGAAGCAAGGCAGUGCUCCAAGUACUGCUGUGGGGACUGUAGCUUCAAGAACUGCUGCAAUGACAAGAAACUCCGCUUCACUCAGGAAAAACAGGAACAGUGUUUUGAAAGUUCUGUUAGCACUGCUGUGCUUGUGGGAAUCAUCGUUGGAACUUUAAUUCCUGUCAUCCUCGCUGUGACUCUGCUCAUCUGCUGUUUGGCUCCCUGCUGUUUGUGCUACCGGAAAUGUCGAAAAGGACACAGCCCACGCUCUUAUGGAAGUGCCGUCAACGCGUCCCAGCCUGCACAACCACAAUCUGCUAACCAGCCAUCCAAUGCAGGAUAUCAGCCUGUGUCAGCAUUUGAGGGCCCGCCCAUGCCCACAGCACCCCCACCCUCUUACAUAGACUCCACGGAUCCAGUCACAGUUGAUUUCACACAUGGACUGCCAAUGUACCAUAUAAAUUCGACCGGCGAACCUGAAACACCACCACCAUCAUAUACAGAGGAGCUUGCACAGCCACCCUACAACCCCUCUUUCCUGCCAAGUAUGACCUGACCAUCCUGAACCAGGCAGGAGGAUCUUUGCCGCAACGGCAAGUUUUUGCCCCUGCACUCCACGUCAUGCCUUGCCACGCCACGUCAGUUAAAGGAUUUCCUGCAGUCUGUUUUGGGCCACGCCAUGCCAGUCCAGCCAACCCAUUCCUGAGUGGGAUUGCAAGGGCCGCUCCUCUUCACAGGUCUUUUCCUGAGGGGGGUGGUUGGCACGGCUGGUCCUCUUCAUGCACUCUGAGGAUGGUUGUUGUUCAUCCCCUUGGUCACCUUUUCCGUCCCAGAGGAGGGUCACCGUGGCUGCUCCUCUCCUUCGUGUUUGCUGUCUCUGGGGAGAGUUGACGGGGCUGCUCCUCUUCCUGCCUGCUCCUGAGGAGAGGGAUUUUUAUGUUUCGGGUUUAUGGUGAUUCACAGCUGUCUUCAUUUAGCCCUGCUGCCCUGGUGCUCUUUUUGUUACUCUGUGGUUUUUGUUAUGUUCUGGUUAAUUUAUUAAAUGUUUUAGUUUCUGUCAAC